CCGGGCAGAGAUCGCCGAGCUGCCGUAGGGGACUGCAGAAGCGAGCAGCUGAAGGGAGCCAGCCCAGCAUGGACGACCCCGCGGCGCCCGGGCCCGCCGGCUCGCCCGCUAAUGACAACGGCAACGGCAACGGCGGUAAAGGGAAGCCGGGUGCGCCCAAGGGCCGGGAAGCAUUCCGCGGCCAGCGGCGGGAGUCGGAGGGCUCUGUGGACUGCCCUACUCUGGAAUUUGAAUAUGGAGAUGCAGAUGGGCACGCAGCAGAGUUGUCAGAAUUGUAUAGCUACACAGAGAACCUGGAAUUUACCACUAACAGGCGGUGCUUUGAAGAAGAUUUCAAGAUGCAAGUGCAAGACACCAAGGAAUGGCUGGAGUUGGAAGAAGAUGCCCAAAAGACUUAUGUGAUGGGACUUCUGGACCGACUGGAGGUGGUCAGUAGGGAGCAACGGCUUAAGGUGGCCCGGGCUGUUCUCUAUCUAGCCCAAGGCACAUUUGGGGAAUGUGAUUCAGAGGUGGAUGUGCUGCACUGGUCCAGAUACAACUGCUUCCUGCUCUACCAGAUGGGGACCUUCUCCGCCUUCCUGGAGCUACUCCACAUGGAAAUCGACAACAGCCAAGCCUCUAGUAGUGCCCUUAGGAAGCCAGCCGUCUCCAUUGCUGACAGCACUGAGCUCCGGGUGCUGCUGAGUGUCAUGUAUCUAAUGGUGGAAAAUAUCCGCCUGGAGCGAGAAAUAGACCCCUAUGGGUGGAGGACAGCCCGAGAGACCUUCCGGACUGAGCUAAGCUUUUCCACGCAUAAUGAAGAGCCUUUUGCCCUCCUGCUCUUUUCCAUGGUUACCAAAUUCUGCAGUGGUCUGGCCCCUCACUUUCCAAUAAAGAAGGUUCUGCUUCUGCUCUGGAAGGUGGUUAUGUUUACCCUUGGUGGAUUUGAGCAUCUGCAGGCUCUCAAAAUACAGAAGCGUGCAGAGCUGGGCCUGCCUCCUCUAGCUGAGGACAGUAUCCAGGUCGUGAAGAGUAUGCGCGCUGCAUCCCCACCUUCUUGCACCCUUGAUCUGGGGGAGUCUCAGCUGGCCCCUCCACCCUCCAAGCUGCGGGGCCGCCGUGGUUCUCGAAGGCAACUCCUCACCAAGCAAGACAGCCUGGACAUCUACAAUGAAAGGGAUCUCUUCAAGACUGAGGAACCAGCCACAGAGGAAGAAGAAGAGUCUGCAGCUGAUGGAGAACGAGCCUUGGAUGGAGAGUUAGACCUACUAGAACAGGAUCCUCUGGUGCCACCUCCACCCUCACAGACACCUCUCUCUACUGACCGGGUAGCCUUUCCCAAGGGCCUUCCCUGGGCCCCAAAAGUCAGACAGAAGGACAUUGAACACUUCUUGGAGAUGAGCAGAAAUAAGUUCAUUGGAUUCACCCUGGGGCAGGACACAGAUACCUUGGUUGGAUUACCUCGACCCAUCCAUGAGAGUGUGAAGACGCUAAAGCAGCACAAGUAUAUCUCCAUUGCAGAUAUACAGAUCAAGAAUGAAGAGGAGCUGGAGAAAUGCCCCAUGUCUUUGGGAGAAGAGGUGGUACCAGAAACACCAUGUGAAAUCCUCUACCAGGGCAUGCUGUACAGCCUUCCACAGUACAUGAUUGCUCUGCUUAAGAUUCUACUGGCUGCAGCCCCCACCUCCAAGGCUAAGACAGAUUCUAUCAAUAUUCUAGCAGACGUCCUGCCUGAAGAAAUGCCUGUAACUGUUCUCCAGAGCAUGAAGCUAGGCAUUGACGUGAACAGACACAAAGAGAUCAUCGUAAAAAGUAUCUCUGCCCUGCUCCUUCUACUUCUCAAACACUUCAAACUCAACCAUAUCUACCAGUUUGAAUAUGUGUCACAACAUUUAGUAUUUGCCAACUGUAUCCCCUUGAUCCUGAAGUUCUUCAAUCAAAAUAUCCUGUCCUAUAUUACUGCCAAAAACAGCAUUUCAGUGCUGGACUACCCAUGCUGUACCAUCCAGGAUUUGCCAGAGCUUACUACCGAGAGUCUGGAAGCUGGAGACAAUAGCCAGUUCUGCUGGAGGAACCUCUUUUCCUGCAUCAACCUCCUGAGGCUCCUCAAUAAACUGACCAAAUGGAAGCACUCCAGGACCAUGAUGCUGGUGGUGUUUAAAUCAGCUCCAAUCUUAAAGCGAGCCCUCAAAGUCAAACAGGCCAUGCUACAACUUUAUGUCUUGAAGCUCCUAAAGUUACAGACCAAGUACCUUGGGCGCCAGUGGAGGAAAAGCAAUAUGAAGACUAUGUCAGCCAUUUACCAGAAAGUGCGCCACCGCAUGAAUGAUGACUGGGCUUACGGAAAUGACAUCGAUGCCAGGCCAUGGGACUUCCAAGCUGAAGAGUGUACCCUGAGGGCUAACACUGAGGCUUUUAACAGCCGCAGGUAUGGUGAACCACAGGACUCAGAGUUUUCACCUGUGGAUAACUGCUUGCAGAGCGUGCUGGGGCAGGGGCUGGAUCUGCCUGAAGAUUUCCAUUACUCCUAUGAGCUCUGGCUGGAGAGAGAGGUGUUUUCACAGCCCAUCUGUUGGGAGGAGCUGCUCCAGAAUCACUAAGCUCUUGUCACAAAGCAUCUGAUGGAUGGAGGUUGGCUCCAAAAAAUGUGCUUUGCCUAUCCUGCCUCUUCAGCAGAGUGUGUGUCCGCAGAAAUUCCAACCCAGCAUCCAGCAGAGACAUCUGGCAUAGUUCAAGGCUAUUCUGAAUGCCAUUAUACCUGAAGGUGGUGCAAAACUAGGAUCCUGAGUCAAAGCUCAUGGACAGCUUGCUCUAGGCUCAGCUAGGUACCUAGUUGGCCUUGAAAUCUCUUGAUGAUCAGUCCUGGAUAGGCUCUUUGAUGGAACCUGGUUUAAUCUUGCCCGAGAACCAGGCUAUCCUUUGUUACUGCAAUAGUGAAAGGAAAUUUGUUAUGGCAUUUGACCCAUGACAUUCAUCUCAAGCAAUGAGAUAGGCACAGGACAUAAAAUGAGGAAAAUUUCUUCUUGCUCACUCUAAAUGCCUGAGACCUAAUUUUUAGCCUGUAUUUCACAUUUAAGGUUUUGACACUUACCUCUUUAUAAAGUAACCAUUCACUCUAUGAUCUGAAAGCACUGCCCCUUUAUAACAGAUAAUUGUUUCCAAACAUUGCAUGUCAUAGAAAAAUAUAUAAAUCCUUAAGAGAUCUGUGUUCAGUGUAAAAGUAUUUCCUGUGUAUUCGGUAUAGUGCUUUGAAUGAUUUGCCAUUUGGGAAGAACCACCUCUACUGUGAAAUAAUGUGACCUUCUCUAAAAAUAGCUUACAUUUUUCAUAAGUUACUUGUUUUAAAAUGGCUGAGUACACUGCAGAAAAUUACUAAUAGAACCCCGAAUCUUAAUUUGAGUAAGGACAGUAGUGUUGCUUGUGACAGGAUCUGGCUAUGUGGCCCUGACUGGGCUGGAACUUCAUAUGUAGACAGGCGGCCCUGAACUUGUAAUGAUCCUCCUGCCUCCACCUCCUGAAGACUGGGAUUAUAGACAUGAGCCACCACCUCUAGUCAAUUCACUUUUAAAUGACAAGUUGAUUAUAGGAGGUUUUAUUUACUGAUAUGUGUCCAUUUAUGCUGAUGUUUUUAAAUUAAAAGCAACAGCAUCACGGUUUAUAUUUUUUCUUCCAUGUUCAUUAUUUUUACUUUUUUUUCUGCUUGAAGUUUCAAUAUGGUUUGUACUGAAAGUGACUCGCAUCUCAUGGAAGAUGUCUCUACUCCUCCUUUACAGCAAAAUCACUUACUUCCAAAACGAAGGGUUUGUUUAAUCUUUGCACUUUUUCAUUUUAAAGUUCUCCCCAUUGCCCAGACACUACUGAGUCUUUCAACGAUGGCACAAGGACACUUUAUUCCUAGAGAGUUGAUCCAAACUGGUUCAUUUACUCUACCCCUGUCAAUCAUAGUCUCACUUAUAGGCCAUGACAGAGGCCCAGCAUAUCCAAAGGAACAAUCAGUACCUCUGCUUUCCUUACUUUGGAAAAGUGACAAAAAAAAAUUUGUAAGAAUGUAAUAGAUGAAAUGUCUUCAAGUAAUUUGCAAAGUUUAUCAAACCAUGACAGAAAUCCUCAUUCCAAGCAGUUUAGUGAGCAUAGAGCAUCAGGCAAUUUUAUUAAUCUAGAGUCAGGCUAUUAUGUUUUAAUGAUAUUUGAGUAAAAAGAUAAUUCUCCAGGAAAAAGAAUAAUCAAUCUAUUUUUAAGUUGUAUCAUAUUCAGUUGUGUAAGGAAAAAAUAAGUUGCCUUUUAAAAACAUACAAAUGCUUUCAGAGGCACAGACAUAUGAUAAGCUUUAAUAUAUCACUUUUUAUUAUUUAUAACUCUUGAGAAGAUUAAUUCUCAAUGCAGAUGGAGAAACUACUCUACCUUGCAAGGAUGAAUAAUUAGUUUCAAAUCACAUCAUUUUCCCCCUGCAUCUUGCUGUGGCUAGCUUUCUGCUAUCGACAGGUAGCUCCUUGUGCUAAGAUAACUGGGGUGGAGCUCCCAAUUUGAGAGCUCAUGUACGUGGCUAGAAAUAGCUUUAGAUUAACCAGAUUUAAUGAUGAUUACAAUUUCUACAUAGAAGCAUGCUGUUUGGGUGAUUUAUAAAAUAGGGACUUUAUUUGUAAACAUUUCAGUGAAGUUUGUGUUAAUAAUAUUGUUAUCUCACCAAACACUUUAAUAAAAAGAAAACAUGAAGUUAGGAA